ACAAAUCUUAAAAAAAUCUUUUUUUAAGAUUUAAUUGGUUUUAAUGUUUACAAUUCUUUGUAAAAACUAGUUUUUAAAAUUCUCUUUGCGUGUGAUUUAAAUACUGUGAUGAGAAUUUGUUGAAAGCUUUCUGUGAAUUAAAGGGACAGUCUGCAGAUUUCCAGCAUCUCCAUGGACUUCCAACUUCUCCUGAGCUUUCCAAUUAGACCAACUUCAGGAAGCUGCCCUGUGGAAUUAUGGGAGAUGUAGUCCGAUGUUUCCAGGCUACAGAGCCUACAGCGACAGACUGAACCAACUCAGGACUCCUCGGCAGCAGGAUUUGCGUGGACAUGUCGGACAAAACGGCGCCGCGCUGCCAGCUGAGGCUGGAGUGGAUCCACGGAUACCGAGGACACCAGUGCCGGAACAACCUGUACUAUACAGCCGGGAAGGAAGUGGUGUACUUCGUGGCUGGAGUGGGCGUGGUCUACAACACCAGAGAACACACCCAGAAGUUCUUCCUGGGACACAAUGAUGACAUCAUCAGUCUCGCCAUCCAUCCAGAUAAGAUCCAGGUUGCCACGGGUCAGGUGGGUAAGGACCCGUAUAUCUGUAUCUGGGACACCUAUGCCAUGCAGACCGUCUCCAUCCUGAGGGACGUCCACACCCAUGGAGUCGCCUGUCUCGCCUUUGACUCAGAUGGACAGCGACUGGCUUCGGUUGGUCUGGAUGCCAAGAACACUGUGUGUGUCUGGGACUGGAGGAGAGGUCGAGUCCUCGCCACGGCGACCGGACACUCGGACAGAAUCUUUGAUGUUUGUUGGGAUCCGUUCCAGUCCAGCCGGCUGGUCAGCUGUGGAGUCAAACACAUCAAGUUCUGGACUCUGUGUGGGAACGCUCUGACUGCGAAGCGAGGAAUCUUUGGGAAGACGGGCGACCUGCAGACCAUCCUGUGUGUGUCUGCAGCCAAAGAUGAGCUGACGUACUCUGGAGCCCUGAACGGAGAUGUUUAUGUUUGGAAAGGAAUCACUCUAAUCAGAACCAUUCAGGCCGCACACGGGGCGGGAAUCUUUAGCAUGCACGCCUGUGAGGAAGGAUUUGCCACCGGAGGACGAGACGGCUGUAUCAGACUGUGGGACAUAGACUUCAAACCCAUCACCAAGAUCGACCUGAGAGAAGCCGAGCAGGGCUACAAAGGUCUCUCGAUCCGCAGCGUUUGCUGGAAAGCUGACCGGAUUCUGGCCGGGACUCAGGACAGUGAGAUUUUUGAGGUGAUGGUCCGAGACCGGGACAAACCGGUUUUGCUGAUGCAGGGUCACAGUGAAGGGGAGCUGUGGGCGCUGGACCUGCACCCCAAACAGCCAGUUGCCGUCACCGGGAGCGACGACCGCUCAGUCAGGCUGUGGAGCCUUCCUGACCACACCCUGCUGGCUCGCUGUAACAUGGAGGAGUCUAUCCGAAGCGUUUCCUUCAACAACGAUGGAUCUCAGCUCGCUCUGGGAAUGAAAGACGGUUCCUUCACCGUGCUUCGAGUCAGGGACAUGACGGAGGUUGUGCACAUCAAGGACAGAAAGGAAGUAAUCCACGAGCUGAAGUUUUCUCCAGACGGCUCCUACCUGGCGGUGGGAUCAAAUGACGGGCUGGUGGACGUCUAUGCAGUGGCUCAGCGCUACAAGAAGGUGGGGGAGUGCUGCAGGUCCACCUCCUUCAUCACCCACCUGGACUGGUCUGUGGACAGCCGUUUCCUGCAGACCAAUGACGGCGCCGGAGAGCGGCUUUUCUACAGGAUGCCAGCAGGGAAGCUGGUUCCAAAAGAGGAAGCAAAGGGGAUCCACUGGAUGACAUGGACAGGUGUUGUUGGGCUAGAGGUGAAUGGAAUCUGGCCCAAAUACUCCACUAUGACCAAUGUGAACUCUGUGGAUGCCAACUACAGCAGCGCUGUACUGGUGACCGGCGAUGACCUCGGUCUCAUCAAACUCUUCAGGUUCCCCUGCCUAAAAAAAGGGGCCAAAUUUAAGAAGUACAUCGGUCAUUCUGCCCAUGUGACCAACGUUCGCUGGUCCAGUGACCUGCAGUGGGUCAUCAGCACUGGUGGUGCUGACCAUGCCGUUUUCCAGUGGAGAUUUCUACCUGAGGGCGUCAUGAAUGGGGUCUUGGAGCCGCUCCUUCAAGAGGGAUACGCCGACUCUAACAGCGGCGAGUCGGACUCAGACGUGUCGGACGUCCCAGAACUCGACUCAGACAUCGAACAAGAAGCUCAGGCCAACUACGAACGUCAGGUGUACAAGGAGGACCUGCCACAGCUCAGGAAGAAGCUGAUUGGCUCCCUGAAGAGACAGAAAGCUCCAGAAGAGGGGCUUCGCCUGCAGUUUGUUCAUGGGUAUCGCGGCUUCGACUGUCGUAACAACCUGUUCUACACUCAGACCGGGGAGGUGGUGUACCACGUGGCCGCCGUCGCCGUCGUCUACAACCGGCUGCAGCACAGCCAGCGUUUCUACCUCGCCCACGACGAUGACAUCCUCAGCCUCGUUGUCCACCCUCUCAAAGAUUACAUCGCCUCCGCACAGGUGGGCAGAGACCCGGCCAUCCACGUCUGGGACAUCCAGACUCUGAAGUGUCUGUCUCUGCUGAAAGGACACCACAGCAGAGGAGUGUGUGCGCUGGAGUUCACUGCUGAUGGGAAAAGUUUGAUCUCGGUGGGAAUCGAUGAAUUUCACUCCAUUGUCAUCUGGGACUGGAAGAAGGGAGAGAGGCUGGCCAAAGCGAGGGGUCAUAAAGAGAAAAUCUUCGUGGUGAAGAGUAAUCCCUUCAGGAUGGACAAACUGGUGACAGUGGGGAUGAAGCACAUCAAGUUCUGGCAGCAUUCAGGUGGGGGUCUGACAUUCAAACGGGGGAUUUUCGGGAACCUGGGGAAGCAGGAGACAAUGAUGUCGGCAUGUUACGGUCGGUCUGAGGAUCUGGUCUUCUCCGGAGCCACAAAUGGAGAUGUUUACAUCUGGAGGGACACCACGCUCAUCAAGACCGUCAAGGCCCACGACGGCCCUGUGUUCGCCAUGUGCUCCCUGGACAAGGGUUUCGUGACGGGGGGGAAGGACGGCAUCGUGGAGCUGUGGGACGACAUGUUCGAAAGAUGCCUGAAGACAUACGCCAUCAAGAGAGCGGCGCUGUCACCAUCCUCCAAAGGUCUGCUGCUGGAGGACAACCCGUCCAUCAGAGCCAUCACCCUGGGUCACGGCCACAUCCUGCUCGGAACCAAGAACGGAGAAAUCCUGGAAAUCGAUAAGAGUGGACCGAUGACGCUGCUGGUUCAGGGUCAUAUGGAGGGGGAGGUGUGGGGGCUGGCGGCUCACCCUUUACUUCCUGUCUGCGCCACCGUCAGCGACGACCGGACUCUGAGGAUCUGGGAACUGUUGGCCAAUCACAGGAUGGUCGCUGUCCGCAAACUUAAGAAAGGUGGGCGGUGCUGCGCCUUCUCUCCGGACGGCAAAGCUCUGGCGGUCGGCCUGAACGAUGGCAGCUUCUUGGUGGUGAACGCCGACACGCUGGAGGACAUGGUGACCUUCCACCACCGCAGGGAGCUCAUCUCAGACAUUCGCUUCUCUCAAGAUGCGGGAAAGUACCUGGCCGUGGCGUCCCACGACUCCUUCGUGGACAUCUACAACGUCCUGACCAGUAAGAGGGUGGGAAUCUGUAAAGGAGCCGGAAGCUGCAUCACUCACAUCGACUGGGACUCCAGAGGUAAGCUGCUGCAGGUGAACACCAGCGCUAAAGAGCAGCUGUUCUUCGAGGCUCCGCGAGGACGCAAACAGAACAUCAGUGUGGCCGAGUUUGAAAAGUUGGACUGGGCCACAUGGACGUCUGUUCUGGGACCCACCUGCGAGGGAAUAUGGCCGACACUCAGCUUUGUCAACGCCGCUUCGCUCACCAAAGAUCGCAAGCUGCUCGCCACCGGAGACGACUUCGGCUUCCUUAAACUGUUCAGCUUCCCGUCCAGGGGCCAGUUCGCCAAGUUUAAGAAGUACGUCGGUCACAGCACCAACGUGACGAAUGUCCGCUGGUCCAAUGACGACGCCCUGCUGCUGUCGGUGGGUGGGGCUGAUACAGCACUGAUGAUCUGGACCAGAGAGCCGCCGGGUCACAAAGAGAGCAAAGCUGUGGACAGCGAGGAGUCGGACGACGACACCGAGGAGGACGGAGGGUACGACAGCGACGUGGCUCGGGAGAAAGCCGUCGACUACAUCACAAAGAUCUACUCCGCCGGCAUCAGGAACAUGUCAGGAACCAAACCACAUCUCCAGCACAAAGAGGUUCCUGUGGAGGAGAGGCCUCCAGUGAGCCGGGCGGCACCGCUGCCGGACAAGCUGUUGAAGAACAAUGUGACCAAGAAGAAGAAGAUGGUAGAGGAACUGGUCCUGGAGCAUGUCUUCGGCUACAGAGGCUUUGACUGUCGCAACAAUCUGCAUUACCUCAACGAUGGUGCUGACAUCAUCUUCCACACCGCUGCCGCCGUGGUCAUCCAGAGCCUGUCCGCCGGAACGCAGAGUUUCUACCUGGAACACACCGACGACAUCCUCUGCCUGACAGUCAAUCAGCAUCCCAAAUACCAAAAUAUCAUCGCCACUGGACAGAUCGGUGACAUCAGUGACCUGCCAGGCCUCGCCCCCUCCAUCCAUGUUUGGGAUGCAGUGACCAAGCAGACUCUGUCCAUCCUGCGUUGUUCCCAUGCUAAAGGUGUUGGCUACGUCAACUUCAGCGCUACAGGGAAGCUGCUGCUGUCGGUGGGGGUGGAGCCUGAGCACACCAUCACGGUGUGGAGGUGGCAGGAGGGCACUAAGGUGACUAGCAAAGGUGGCCAUGCUGAGCGGAUCUUCGUGGUGGAGUUUCGACCCGACUCUGACACCCAGUUUGUGUCGGUGGGAAUCAAACACAUCAAGUUCUGGACUCUGGUUGGAGGUUCGCUCAUGUACAAGAAAGGAGUGAUUGGUUCGGUGGAGGACGGCCGCAUGCAGACCAUGCUGUCGGUGGCGUUUGGCGCCAACAACCUGACCUUCACUGGUGCCAUCAACGGAGACGUGUACGUCUGGCGGGAACACUUCCUGGUGCGAGUGGUGGCGAAGGCUCACAGCGGCCCCGUCUUCACCAUGUACACCACCCUGAGGGAUGGACUCAUCGUCACCGGGGGAAAGGAACGGCCAACUAAAGAGGGUGGUGCUGUGAAGCUCUGGGACCAGGAGAUGAAGCGCUGCCGGGCCUUUCAGCUGGAGACCGGCCAGCCCGUUGAGAAUGUCCGCUCAGUCUGCAGAGGGAAGGGGAAAAUUCUGGUGGGAACCAAAGAUGGAGAGAUCAUAGAGGUUGGAGAAAAGAAUGCUGCCUCCAACACCAUGAUCAACGGACACACUCAGGGAGGCAUCUGGGGUUUAGCAACUCAUCCUUUUAAAGACGUCUUCAUCUCCGCCAGCGACGAUGGGACUAUCCGGAUAUGGGACCUGGCUGACAAGAAACUCCUGAACAAGGUGAAUUUGGGUCAUCCUGCCAAGUGCACGUCCUAUAGCCCCAACGGAGAAAUGGUUUCCAUCGGCAUGGAGAACGGAGAGUUCAUUGUCCUGCUGGUCAACUCGCUGACCGUCUGGGGCAAGAAGAGAGACCGCAGCGUCGCCAUCCAGGAUAUUCGGUUAAGUCCAGACAACCGGUUCCUGGCGGUGGGUUCAGUUGAAAGUGCUGUUGAUUUCUACGACCUUUCUCUGGGGCCAUCCCUCAACCGAAUCGGUUACUGUAAGGACAUCCCCGGCUUCGUCAUCCAGAUCGACUUCUCCGCUGACAGCAGACACAUCCAGGUGUCCACCAGCUCCUACAUUCGUCAGGUGCACGAAGUUCCCUCUGGAAGGAUGGUCACAGAGCUGCCCAUCAUUGAGAGGAUCACCUGGGCAACCUGGACCAGCAUCCUCGGUGAUGAAGUUGUGGGGGUGUGGCCUCGUAACGCUGACAAAGCCGACGUUAACUGUGCUUGCGUUUCUCACGCUGGCCUGAACCUGGUGACCGGAGACGACUUCGGCCUCAUCAAGCUCUUCGACUUCCCCUGCUCGGACAAGUUUGCGAAGCACAAGCGUUACUUCGGCCAUUCUGCUCAUGUGACCAACAUUCGUUUCUCCUUUGAUGAUAAGUACGUGGUCAGCGCCGGCGGCAGCGACUGCAGCCUGUUUGUGUGGAAAUGUCAGUGAGAUGAACCCGAGCCGCCUCUUCUUCCUGUUUCUGCCCCGUGAGGACCAGAAGUCCCGACGGACCGGCGACGGGUUCCUGCCGACUGGCCGACUCCUCCUGUACAUUCGGAUGCUUGAGACGAAGGCGGGACUUCGUUUGUGUUCCAGUUGUUUUUUCGUCAGAUUUGUGGGAAUCAUGUGACCUCAGACAGACGUGUAGGUGUUCCUGUAGUGUUUUCGUGUGUCAACGUGCCUUUUUCACAAACUCUGACCAAACAUUUGAUACAACUUUAUUUAAAUCGUGGUGCUAUCAUCGUUUAGGGCUGUUACAGACAUGGAUGCUGCAUCCUGUUGUGGCGUAUCUGUUGUGUGUGUGUGUGUGUGUGUGUGUGUGUGUGUGUGUGUGUGUGUGUGUGUGUGUGUGUGUGAUGAUGAGGAUGCAGUUUACUGCACUAAGAGGAAGAUGGAUCAGUGUUUGAUCCCAGUUUAUAAAACCUGAGGGUGUGAAAAUUAGAAACUAGUUUGUAUAAAAGUUUAAUGAAAAAAAGAUUUCUACCUCAGGACAGUGGAGUAAAAUAAGUUGAUGUUUUCAGGUAGAAACUCGAUGUUUGUUCUUUCCAGCCACAUGGUGACGCCGUGUCCUCUCCCUCAUCAAGCGCCUCUUUUAACUUCCAGGACAGAAUCCAGACCAGGUCUCUGUACUGAACCAGGAUCAGGGUCUUAUCCAGGUUAGAAUUUUCAGCAUCAAGAAAGGUUGCAUCACCAUGGCAACUGAUUCCAGGAAAGGUUGCAUCACCAUGGCAACUGAUUCCAGGAAAGGUUGCAUCACCAUGGCAACUGAUUCCAGGAAAGGUUGCAUCACCAUGGCAACUGAUUCCAAUAAAAAAGGUUGUAUCGAAUGAAUGAAUGAAAAAGGAAUUCCAGGAUAACAUGCUAAGCCUGGUCCUUCAUGCUAAAAACGAGACGAGCAGAAAGACAUGCAGAGUAUAAAUCACCUGUAAACCUUCUUUAGAGUCACGUAAGAACAUCAGGACAGCUCGUCACUAAACAUUCAGCUUGUUCCACAAACGCUGCUUCGCCUGCUUUCAGAGGGUUGCUGAGUUGAAGGUGAGAAAGUGUUUGUUGGACUUUUACUGAUCUUCAUCUUUCUGGGAGAUGAGUUGAGGAACUAAACUGUUAAAAAAACAAAGGGAACACUGAAAUAACAUCCUAGAUCUGAAUGAAUGAAAUCUUCUUUUUAAACACUUUGUUCUUUACAUAGCUGAAUGUGG